UGGAAGUAUAUAAACUACGAAUUAAACGUAGGCUAAGCAACCCAUAGGCUAUUGUACAGAACACGCUCAGUUGGCGUAACAGUUUGAGGUUCUCGUCGUGCGUAAUGUGUUUAUUCUCCCUGGAGACAUUUCUACUCCAAGCUGCCUUAUUGCAAUAUGUCAGCUAGAGGGCGUUAAUGGGAGUACACACAAAGUAGGUAAAGGGGAUUAUUAUCUCGUACCAUACUGUAAAUGUCCCUAUCAGCUGAUAUACGUACCACCCCUAGGUUGAUUAGUGUUGUCCUGUCAUCCCUUACAAUCAAACGUGGAUGGUGCUUUAUCCUUGGUGAUUGAUUUGAGUUCACCGGAUGCACUGGCCACUCACAGACCUGGUGUGUGUGCAUGCAGCAGUAUGGAUCUGACGAGGCUCCCAAUGGAGAACGACCGCCGCUCUCUUUAAACAUGUCCAGCCCUUUACCCGUGGCUCCUUCACGGUUAAGGGUGUUCGCUCAGGAGAGGCGAGCACUCCCUCAUUCGAGAGUAAUGGUGUUUUUUUCGGCCGCUAGUGAGGCUGGAAAACCAGGCGAUGCAAUGUCUAGUGCAGGAUCUGAACCUAAAUCACCGAACCUAAAUCUGGGCAAGUCUCUCAGCAGCACAUUAAACGCAUCGCCAUCUCCAGAGUUUCCUGAGGUAAUUUCUCUCAAUGUGGGUGGCACCUACUUUACCACCCGUCUGUCCACAUUACGGCGCUAUGAAGACACCAUGCUCGCUGCCAUGUUCAGUGGACGCCAUCACAUCCCACGUGAUGCUGAAGGUCGCUUCUUCAUUGACCGGGAUGGAGCAUAUUUCAGGGACAUCCUGAACUUCCUGCGCGAGGGCGAGCUACCUCAGAGGAAUCAUGUGAGGGCGGUACAUAGGGAGGCCCUGUACUAUGCUAUUGGUCCACUGUUAGACAGCUUGGAGGACACUCAGCCACUCACAGGAGAGAAAGUCCGCCAGGCCUUCCUCGAUCUCCUACCCUACUACAAGGAUAAUCUGGAGCGCAUCGUGGAGAUCGCCAAGCUGCGGGCCAUGCAGAGGAAGGCGCGCUUCGCCAAGCUGAAGAUCUGCGUGUACAAGGAGGAGAUGCCCAUCACGCCGUACGAGCGGCCACUCUUCAACUCACUGCGCUUUGAGCGCACGGAGAGCGAGGCCAAACUGUUCGAACACCACUGUGAGGUGGACGUGUCGUUCGGGCCCUGGGAGGCGGUGGCGGAUGUUUACGACUUGCUCCACUGCAUUGUCAGCGACCUGGCGGAGCACGGAAUCACUGCCGACCAGCAAUGCAUUGGCGUCUGCGACAAACACCUCAUCAACCACUACUACUGCAAGAGGCCAAUCUACGAGUUCAAGAUCACAUGGUGGUAAAGUAAGGGGAAGACAGAACUCUCUCCCUUCCUGUCUGUCGCUGUGUUUUUUGUUGUGAGGUGGACUUGUGUUGUAAUAGGCUGACUGAUCUCCUUCCUGGUCCCUCAGGUUGAGAGAGAAAUCGGGUUGUCAAUGUUAUUCCCCCUUUUCAAGAACUGAAACCUAUGAAGUGCUGAGUUUAUAGAAAGGAGUGAGUCGGACAGUUGUUGUUCUGUUUCCUUAUUGAAUAGUUGUGACCAAUGUUUUUUCUUUCUGUUUCUUUUUUUAUAAACAGCAUUAACCUAGGCUCUCAUUGGCUGUUUUAUUGUGUUAAACUCUGGGAGUUUUUGUGCUCAUCCAAGCUUGUGGACCAUCAAGUUUUUCAGAAAAGGGUCAAGUUAAUCUCAUAUUGUGAUUACAGUGUUGUCUGUCUCUUCGGUUUAAUUCCUAUUUAUGCUAUUAUGUUUUCUACGCUUUGCAUUUCUCUGUUAGCCACUUUGAUGGUCGCGAGAGAAAGCCCUCACAAAUUAACUGGAUGCAAUUUAGCAAGCUGAUGAAAUAUUUCUCAUCUACAUGAAGAGUAAAUGUCUAUUUUUGUUACUGAUGCUGGUAUUUUCUGUCACUUACUCUCCCAUAAACCUUUAGAAGUU